AUGAUUUCUCUACUGAUUAGCCGCAAUGUCUCUGACCCUCCAAGCUUACUCGCAUAUCCUCCACUUGCAGCCAUUGAUCUGGACUGGACAUCCCCACUAGGGCUAAUUGUACUCCCGCAUGGCGGACCACAUUCCAAUUUCUCUACUGAGUGGUUGGGCCUAGUGACAGCGUUCGUUGCCAGUGGCUUUGCCUGCCUUCUCGUCAAUUAUCGUGGGUCGACAGCCUACGGAAACAAUAGUGUGCAUUGUCUGCCCGGACAAUGCGGUAUACUCGACGUGGCUGACUGUGUCCAGGCCACUAAGGAGGCACAGGCACGUUUGCCUGGCGUUCCAACCCUUCUGAUGGGUGGUUCGCAUGGUGGCUUCCUAGUGCUCCAUCUUGCCGGCCGCUACCACGAUCUGUAUCGGGCUGUUGUUGCCAGAAACCCCGGCAUUCAAUUUGUGCGUACGUUACGCGCAAAUGUGGGAGCUCGAGGUGAAGAGAUGUGCCAAAUCCUGGGUUUUCCUGCGGAGUCCCAUCCCAUCGAGUCGCCGGCUGCUUCGAAGAACAACUUCAUACAGAUAAUCGAGUGGUACUACAAGUCACUUGGCCUCUUGGCAGCCUAA